AACCAGUUGUGACACAAAGAAGCUUGACUCCCCUGCAGGAGCGAGAGGUCACCUGAAGAGAGCAAGCCCCUGGAGGAUGUGAGACAACGAAGGAAGAAAGAGAGGAGUACAGCUAUCUUGAAGCCACCCCAGGUUGUUGCUCACGCCAAUCCUUCCAUGCUGUCUUCAAGCCCUACUUCCUGCACAUCUCCCAGCCCUGAUGGGGAGAACCCAAGUAAGAAGGUCCAGUGGACUUCUGGGAGGAGGAGGGCGUCAUCCACGGACUCAGAGUCAAAGUCCCACCCCGACUUCUCCAAAGUACCCAGGUCCCGGAGACCCAGUCGGCUGACGGUGAAGUAUGACCGGGGGCAGCUCCAGCGCUGGCUGGAGAUGGAGCUGUGGGUGGACGCGCAGAUUCAGGAGCUCUUCCAGGGUCAACCAACUCCUCCUGAGCCUGAGAUUGACCUGGAAGCUCUCAUGGAACUAUCCACAGAGGAACAGAAGACUCACUUGGAGGCUCUUCUCCAAAACUGCCCCCGCCCCACAGAGUCUUUUAUCUCUGAGCUGCUCAGUCAACUCAAGAAACUCCGGAGACUCAGUCGGCCUCAGAAAUAAGCCUUGGGAGACUACCUUCAGCAGCCUUAGCACUGCCAGGCCUGCCCUGAACCUCAGAAUCCUGGGCUGAGAGGGAAAUGGUCCCCUGGGACAAAGACAAGGAAUGUGGAAGAUGAGAAGGGACAUUUGGAUACCUCUUGUGUAUGUGUAGCCACAGCUGGUUCCUGUUAGCUAGGCUUUCUGGAAGCCAUUCAUGGCUGUUGCCCGGUACUUUCCUUGGCAGCCAAGUGGAUAAAACCUUUGGGAGCCCCA